GGAGCGGCGGCGGCUCUAGCUGAGGCGGCCGUGGCAGCGGAAGGUUCUCUCUCCAGGGCUGGACUUAAUAACUUUGGAACUGUCCUCCAGUGUCACGUCCUGAACAUGAGCCUCCUCCUCUCCUUCUACCUGCUCGGGUUGCUUGUCAGUAGCGGGCAAGCUCUUCUUCAAGUGACAAUUUCACUUAGCAAAGUAGAGCUUAGUGUGGGCGAAUCUAAAUUCUUCACAUGUACAGCAAUUGGUGAACCUGAGAGUAUAGAUUGGUAUAAUCCUCAAGGAGAGAAGAUAAUUUCAACACAGAGGGUAGCAGUGCAAAAGGAAGGUGUCAGAUCACGAUUAACCAUCUACAACGCAAAUAUAGAGGAUGCAGGGAUUUAUCGUUGUCAAGCAACAGAUGCCAAAGGACAGACACAAGAAGCUACAGUUGUUUUGGAAAUUUACCAAAAACUCACUUUCAAAGAAGUGGUAUCUCCUCAAGAAUUCAAACAAGGAGAGGAUGCCGAAGUGGUUUGCCGAGUUAGCAGCUCACCUGCCCCUGCUGUCAGCUGGUUGUAUCAUAAUGAGGAAGUCACCGCUAUUUCCGACAAUCGCUUUGCUAUGCUAGCCAACAAUAAUCUGCAGAUUCUCAACAUCAAUAAAAGUGAUGAAGGUAUAUACAGAUGUGAAGGAAGAGUGGAGGCUAGGGGAGAAAUUGACUUCCGUGAUAUCAUCGUUAUUGUUAAUGUGCCGCCAGCAAUCACAAUGCCUCAGAAAUCCUUUAAUGCCACAGCAGAGAGAGGAGAGGAGAUGACGUUAUCUUGCAGGGCCUCUGGCUCCCCUGAGCCCUCCAUCUCCUGGUACAGGAAUGGCAAGUUCAUUGAAGAAAAUGAAAAGUACAUACUGAAGGGAGGCAAUACAGAACUCACUGUCAGGAACAUAAUUAAUAGUGAUGGGGGUCCGUAUAUCUGCAGGGCCACAAAUAAAGCAGGAGAAGAUGAAAAGCAGGCAUUUCUCCAGGUCUUUGUACAGCCUCACAUAAUACAGCUUAAAAAUGAGACUACGUAUGAGAAUGGUCAAGUCACACUUAUAUGUGAAGCAGAAGGGGAGCCUAUACCAGAAAUCACUUGGAAAAGAGCAAUAGAUGGCAUCACAUUUUCUGAAGGAGAUAAGAGCCCAGACGGCCGUAUCGAAGUCAAAGGGCAGCAUGGACGCUCGUCACUGCAUAUUAAAGAUGUGAAGUUGUCAGAUUCAGGGAGAUAUGACUGUGAAGCUGCGAGUAGGAUUGGAGGGCACCAAAAGAGCAUGUACCUUGAUAUUGAAUAUGCUCCCAAGUUUAUAUCAAACCAAACAAUUUUUUACUCUUGGGAAGGAAACCCGAUCAAUAUAAGCUGUGAUGUGAAAUCUAAUCCACCAGCAUCAGUCCAUUGGAGAAAAGAGAAAUUAGUCCUUCCAGCUAAAAACAUCACUAAUUUAAAGACAUAUAGUGCAGGGAGAAAGAUGAUAUUAGAGAUAGCACCUACAUCUGACAAUGACUUUGGACGAUAUAAUUGCACAGCCACCAACCGUAUAGGAACAAGAUUUCAAGAAUAUAUUCUUGCUUUGGCUGAUGUGCCAUCCAGUCCCUAUGGAGUGAAGAUUAUAGAGCUGUCACAGACCACAGCCAAGGUUUCUUUCAACAAGCCGGACUCCCAUGGAGGUGUGCCUAUUCAUCACUAUCAAGUGGAUGUCAAAGAAGUGGCAUCAGAAACCUGGAAAAUAGUACGCUCCCAUGGAGUUCAAACAAUGGUUGUUUUGAGCAACCUGGAACCAAAUACAACUUAUGAAAUCAGGGUUGCAGCAGUAAAUGGAAAAGGGCAAGGAGACUACAGCAAAAUAGAAAUUUUCCAGACAUUACCAGUCCGUGAACCAAGUCCUCCAGCCAUACACGGGCAGCCAAGCAGUGGAAAGAGCUUUAAACUAAGUAUCACCAAACAGGACGAUGGAGGGGCCCCUAUUUUGGAAUACAUUGUCAAGUAUAGAAGUAAAGAUAAAGAAGAUCAGUGGCUAGAGAAAAAAGUGCAGGGAAAUAAAGACCACAUUAUUUUGGAGCAUCUACAGUGGACAAUGGGGUAUGAAGUUCAAAUUACAGCUGCCAAUAGAUUGGGAUAUUCAGAACCAACAGUCUAUGAGUUCAGCAUGCCACCAAAGCCAAACAUUAUUAAAGAUACCCUUUUUAAUGGUCUUGGGCUUGGAGCAGUCAUUGGCCUGGGCGUGGCGGCUCUCUUGCUAAUCCUUGUGGUAACGGACGUCAGCUGCUUCUUUAUUAGACAAUGUGGAUUAUUGAUGUGCAUCACGAGGAGAAUGUGCGGGAAGAAAAGUGGCUCUAGUGGGAAAAGUAAAGAACUCGAAGAAGGCAAAGCCGCAUACCUGAAAGAUGGAUCAAAAGAACCAAUAGUGGAGAUGAGGACAGAGGAUGAAAGAAUUACUAAUCAUGAGGAUGGGAGCCCAGUAAAUGAGCCAAAUGAAACCACACCACUAACAGAACCUGAAAAAUUGCCUUUAAAAGAAGAAAAUGGAAAAGAAGUCUUAAAUCCAGAAACUAUAGAAAUUAAGGUUUCUAAUGACAUCAUACAAUCAAAAGAAGACGACAGCAAAGCAUAA